AUCUUCUUCUUGUGGGCUUUUCUUAUUGGGCUUUACAUACCAAUGUAAAAGCGGAUUAAAAACCUCUGAAUCCGAAACCCGGAUACCAACCACCUGACCCGUUUCCAGAUCCAUUUCUUCUUUCCCGCACCUACUCGGAGUAGACACGAUGAGCACGGAGAUGGAGGAAUAUUCAGCUGUGCGGCGGCGCGUGUCCUGCACUAAAUACUUCGACGCUCUGUGGUUCUGCUACUGGAUAUCUAGAUGCUCCAACAUAACCAGCAAUGGCGAUGAGACAGAACAAGCACCAUAUUACCAGAUGCAGCAGUACUACCGGGUUGGAAAACUUGAUGAUUGUACUAAGAAGUUCUCUGCUCUCUUUGAUUGUCUUUCCUUAAAGACAAAAAGUGCUUCGGAAGCCGAGGUUGAGUUUCGACUGUUUAUGUAUAUGGGAAUAUCUGUUGUGCUCCAAAAUAAGGUUUGUCGAUUGCAGAAAAUUAUGGAAGAGCAAGAGAAGGCAGACGCAGCAAAACAUAUAUGGAUUAUGCGGACGCAGGAAGAAGCUUCAAGUCAUUGGAACGAGACUUUCGGGCAUUUGGAUGAUCCCAAUUAUUAGAUAGAAGUACAGUUUCACUUUCUCCACUGGAUUCUUGAUGGUCAUUUUUACUUUCAAGAAACUAGAUUUCUGCAGAUUGUUCUGCAGGAUAUAAACAAGCUUUUGUCAUCAGUUACCAUGAACAUUUUGAGCUGAGUUAUCUCCUCAAUCCCUAAAGAAGCGACCCAAAAAGAUGGAGAUCAUUUGUUGAACCAUAGUUGUAUUUGGUUGAUCUGUUAGCAGAAAGGUACUGAAUUUUAUUAAUAAAUUUGAUACUAUUUUUUA